AUGGCGGCUGUGAGGAGUAUGAACAAAAUGUAUGGAGUAUGUUUCCAUGCUGCUCGUCAGACGGCAGGACUGAAGGCAUCGAGGCUGCUCCAACACAGAGCCUUCAGAGUCAGCGCCGUGAGGCAGCAGCAGCCCUUUGACUCAACACUGGAAAAGCCACAGUUCCCUGGAGCCUCAGCUGAGUUUGUGGAUCAACUUGAGUUCAUCCAGCCCAAUGUCAUCUCUGGCAUCCCAGUGUACCGUGUGAUGGACAGGCAGGGCAACAUCAUCAACCCCUCUCAAGACCCUCAGCUCUCCAAAGAGACAGUCUUGAACUUCUAUCAGAAGAUGACCAUGCUGAACACAAUGGACCGCAUUCUUUAUGAGUCUCAGAGACAGGGUCGGAUCUCCUUCUACAUGACCAACUAUGGCGAGGAGGGGACGCACAUCGGCAGUGCUGCUGCUCUUGACCCAAGUGACAUAGUGUUCGGUCAAUACAGAGAAGCUGGUGUGCUGAUGUACCGUGGUUUCCCCCUGGAUUUGUUCAUGGCUCAGUGUUACGCCAACGCCGAUGACCUCGGCAAGGGUCGGCAGAUGCCUGUCCACUACGGCUCCAAAGACCUGAACUUUGUCACCAUCUCCUCCCCUCUGGCCACUCAGAUUCCCCAGGCGGCUGGAGCUGCAUAUGCUGUCAAGAGAGAAAACAUGAACCGUGCUGUAAUCUGUUAUUUCGGAGAGGGAGCAGCCAGCGAAGGGGACGCACACGCCGGCUUCAACUUCUCUGCCACCCUCGAGUGCCCACUGAUAUUCUUCUGUCGUAACAACGGCUAUGCCAUCUCUACCCCCACCAACGAGCAGUACAGAGGCGAUGGAAUUGCUGCUCGUGGUCCGGGCUAUGGAAUGAUGUCCAUCCGUGUUGAUGGUAAUGAUGUGUUUGCUGUGUACAAUGCCACAAAGGAGGCGCGCCGCAGGGCUGUGGCUGAGAAUCAGCCCUUCCUCAUUGAAGCAAUGACCUACAGAAUCGGCCACCACAGCACCAGCGACGACAGCUCAGCUUACCGUUCGGUGGACGAGGUGAACUACUGGGACAAGCAGGACCAUCCCAUCUCCAGGCUGAGACAUUACAUGACGGCCCGCAGCUGGUGGAGCGAGGACGAUGAGAGGACCUGGCGGAAGCAGUCCCGCAAGGUGGUGAUGGAGGCUUUCGAGAGGGCAGAGAAACGCCUGAAGCCAAAUCCUGAAUUGAUGUUUACUGACGUGUACCAGGAGGUGACGCCUCAUCUGAACAAGCAGAGAGAAUCCAUGUGGAAGCACGUGCAGCAGUACAAAGAGCACUACCCUCUCGACCUGUACGAUAAAUAACUGCACUGACACAAUGGAAACAAGUUGUAGGAAGUGGCUGAGGGUUGAGACUGGGACUGUUGCACACUUUUACUGUAUUCAUAAAAGUAUAGUUUUGAUAUGACGCGUCUCAAUGGAAGGAAAAAAGAAAGAUUGUGCUCUCAAAAUAUUGUACUUCACGCCUCUGGGUUUGGUGCCUUAAGUUCAUAGAAUUACAGUCUGUAGUAAACUUCCUCUCCUGUAAAUGCUGAAUCACUCUUUUGUGUUACAACAACGCCAUGAUCAACUAAUGUUCUUUCUUGAAGUGCAGCAAAAAAACUGCUGGUGCCGUAUAAGUAAUAAGCGGUGGACAUUAACCUCGGUUGUGUAUGUUUUUCUCACUGGUAGCUGUCCUCUUCAGUGGUUAUGGUAUUUAACAGGUUUCCUUGUGUAACUGAGGUGACUGAUUUGAAAGAACUUUGAUAUUUUAAUGAGUUUUAGUAUGCACACCCAAAUUUUAGAUGGGUUUGUAUGCUGUUACACACACUACUCUAAACCCCAGAACUGUACACCCGUCGAUAUCAUGUUACAUGUUUGGUGUUUUGUGGAAAAUAAACUAUGAAACAGCUGGAU